AUGACUGGGCCUACGGAGGUACAGUGGGCGCAGGAGCUCCAAGUGGGGUUUGUCGAGAAAAAGGUUGCCUUCUCCAUCACAAUCGUCCCCAAACUUUUUUUCUUCUCUCUGCCACGACCACCGCGAUUGCGCGCCUUGUAUUCAAGCGGCAAUUCUCCCCUUCCCCUCAAAUCACACGGCAAUGUCGAGGUAGCAUUUGGGCAAUACAGAGAGUCUCCUGCACACACUGUGCGGACACUGCGCUGCACCAGCAACAACUGGACACUUGACUCACCCACGCCCACUGCGGAAGACACCCGCCCACCAUCCCACCAUCCCUCAAUCAUGUCGCGGCCGGCCGGGGGCGACGCCGAUGCGGCCAAGCUGGCCGUCUGGAAGGAGGCGCUAUAUGAAAAAUGCAAAGAAGCCGCGCCCGAAAAUGACAUGUUUUCGCAAGAUGACCUUUUGCGGCUCGACGUCAUCCCGAACAAGGACCUGGGGCUGCUAGCGCGCGUCGUGCAGUCUCUCAGUGAUGACAAGCUCUUCAUCACCAUGCGAGAGGCCUCUGGCCAGGUGCUGUGGAAGUGGCGAGACGCUCAAGAAGCGCACAAGUAUAAGCAGUGUACGACCGACGAACAAGUACUGGUCUACUCCCUUGUCGACGAUGCCGGCGGUGAUGGAAUAUGGUCGCAGACGCUGCAAAAGCGUCUCAACAUGCACGACUCGGUCCUUAAGAAUGCGCUGAAGCAGUUGCAGACGAAAGGGCUGAUUGCGCCCUUCAAAAACGUCGAGCACCCCAACAAGAAGAUGUACAUCAAGGCCUCCAUCCGGCCCAGCGAUCGCGCGACCGGUGGACCGUGGUACACGGACCAAAACUUCGACGACGCCUUCAUCGAGGAGCUGCAGCGCGUCGUGUUCGACUUCAUCAAGCGCCAGAGCAGCUACCACAGCACGCACUCCGGGUCGGGCGCAACCAGGCCGCAGGCGCCGAAGAAGGGCGUCGUGCAGGGCGGUCUCAACCAGGGCAAGAAGCGAGACGCCAGGGAAAUGAGCAAGCCGCCGUCCAAGGUGUCCAAGACGGCCGCCGGUACCACGCCUCGUAAGGAGGCCGCGCUCCUCCCGCUGCCCGCGGGCUACACUGGCUACCCGUCCGUGCGAGAGAUUGCGCGGCUACUCUCGAGCAGCGGCAUCACCAACAACACAAUCCUGUCAGAGGAUGACGUCCGCAAGCUGAUUGACGUCCUGGUCUGGGACAACCUCAUUGAGCCAGUGCGGGUUGCGGGAAAGGUCGGCUACCGGGUGUCUAGGGUGUCCAAGCAGUCGACCGAGCCCUGGGCAGGCCGCGAAGAGCCGGGAGGGCCAGAGCCGUAUAUAAGCCCCUACACGGAAGCUCCCUGUGGAAAGUGCCCGGUUUUUGAUCUCUGCGAGGACGGUGGGCCUGUCGGGCCUAGCAACUGUGAAUAUUUUAGAACCUGGCUUGGGAUCACAGAUCCUUGA